ACUACUUCUAUUGGAUUAAUGACACCUACUGGUAUUGGGAUGAUUACUCUGAUAAUUACACCAUCAUUAAACCGUUUCCAUUGUCUGACCUUUGGAUGGAUAUUGACAUACCCACAGUCUCGUAUGUGAUUGCAUGGAUUGUUGUCUGGAUAGGGUUUCCAUUUACCUUGUUGGCCAUCUACGCUUUGUAUUCACUGGUGCAAGAAGACCAUGUUGCACCAGUUUAUGUCAUCAACCUCCUGAUCUCAGACCUCAUCCAGAUGUUUUGCUUUAUGACAUGGGCUGCAGUACCCAAGAGAAGGAUUGUCGUCUAUGUCUCAAAAUGUAUCCACUUCAUUGGCGUGAUGGCCAGUGUCGGCUUCAUGGUGUGUGUGUCCCUAGAGAGGUAUUUGGUGAUCGCCUGUCCACUGUGGUACCGCUUCAGACGAACCAUUAACCUCUCUGUGACGGUGUCAAUUCUGACCUGGGCCAUAAGUUUUAUGGACUUACUUACCAGAGUGCUAACAUUUGACUCCUACCCCUCACGCAUUUUUCACUCCUUCUUGCUUCUCUGUCCCUUCCCCCUGCUCAUCUUCUCCUUUGCCGAGACCCUCAGAGCCCUGUCUACAGCUAUUUCAGUGCCUCCCAAUGAAAAACGGCGAAUUGUUGGAACUUUAGUCCUGGUGCUUCUUAACUACACACUACUUUUCUUGCCCUGGAUUAUUUGGCUCACCAGAGUCUCGUACUCAGACAUAACCAUAUAUCUUGAGAAUGAUUCUGGUUUGUGCUUAUCAUUCCUUCAGUUCAGUCCCCUUGCGGAUCUGAUUAUGUAUGUUUUCAUGAGGAAAGGGGCAGUAGACAAGCUACUGGCUUGUCUAUGUUGUUGCAAGAUGAUAGAGGAACAACAGGGCCAGAUCACCACAGAAGAACUCAACUCUGUGUAGACACAGAGUUGAGCAAGAGGGUACGAAUGGGCAGAGCUUUC